AUGUCUGAGGGAUUUAUACACUCGGUAAGAGUUCCGCGAAUUUAUAAAACCGCUGCUAAUACUUUAAAAAAAGUCGAAGAACGUAGAGCUAGUCUGAAAGAAUUGGUUUAUGAACGAAAACACCCGAACAUAAAAGCAAUUUAUGCUCUUGCUGCAACGGCAUUGCAAAAUUCAUCUCAAUUAACAGAAUUACUUGAGAAAACAGAAAUAUUGAAAAAAGAGCCCCGAUUGGACCAAUGGCUAGCACGAAUUCUUAUAACCGAAUUGAUAUGGGGAAAACAAUCGUUACAAUCCGAAGCAAAGCCAGUUUUAACGAUAAGAAAUUACGAAAAUAAAUUGCGAGAUGGAUUAAAAAACACAAGCAAUGAUAAAAUAGAAAAAACAAUUAAAAAAGUUGAAAAGCCUCGUUAUGUACGUGUUAAUACCCUGAUAAUGUCCGUCGACGAUGCAAUUCAAGAAUUUAAAAACGAUGGGUAUAUUUUAUUACCAAAAAGUUCAAAUUAUAAGUCAUAUCUUAAAUCGUUGGAGAGCUUAGACACUUUUUCAUUCGUUCAAGACUAUCACGUUCGUGAGUUGUUUGCUUUUAAGGCUGGUACAGCUUUUUAUGAUCAUGAUGGAUAUCAUUCCGGCGCUCUAGUUCUUCAAGAUAAGGCGAGUUGUUUGCCAGCUCAUUUAUUGAACCCGCCUUCUGGAUCUGUAGUUCUAGAUAUGUGUGCUGCACCUGGUAUGAAAACGACACAUCUAGCUGCUAUUAUGAAUAAUAAAGGAAAAAUUUACUCAAUAGAAAGAAAUGAACGUCGAUACCAAUUACUUUGUAAUUUAAUCGAAUCAUCUGGUGCCAAUAUUGUAGAAACAAUUAAUGCUGAUGCAUUAAAAAUUGAUUCAAAUAAAUAUCCUGAUAUUGAGUACAUACUUGUAGAUCCAUCUUGUUCUGGUUCGGGUAUGGAUCGUUUAGAAGCUAAUGAGUCUACCAACAAAAAUGAUCCGUCACGACUAAAAAGUUUACAAUCAUUCCAAGUAUUUUUAUUGCGACAUGCAUUAUUUGACUUUCCGACGGUAAAACGUGUCGUUUACAGUACCUGUUCAAUUUAUGCUGAAGAAAAUGAAAUGGUUAUUGAUGAAAUUCUUGGUAAUGUUGGUGAUGCUUAUAAAUUAGUCCCAAUUAAAGAAACGCUUAAAAAUGAAUGGAUAAAUUAUAGUUCUGAUAAAUUCAACUGCAAAGAUAAUUGUUUGUAUGCAAAGCCAAGUGUUGAUUAUUCAAAUGGAUUUUUUGUAGCUGUUUUUGAGCGAAAUUUCAACGUGCCUUUACCUGAAUUUAGAAAAGUUAAAGAAGAAUUGAAAGAUGAACAGGUGGAGGGAAAUAAUAAUGAUAAGUUUAAUAAUCAGAAGAACCGCAAGCAAGAAACAGGGAAAAAUCAAUUAGUUGUUAACGGAAAUAAUAAGGGUGAAGGAAAGAGAAAAAAGAUAAAGAAGAAAAAAGGAUUAUCAAAGGAUGAUAAAUUAACGAUUAGCAAUGCUGAUGAUAAUAAAGUUAGUUACGGGAAAGAAAAAUCUUUGAUUGAAAAAGCAGAGAAUUUUGUAAAAAAAGAAUUUAAUGAUGAAGAAAAUGAAAAUUGUAAUAAAACUGAAAAAAAUAAAAGAAAGAAGAAAAAAAUGUCUGCUGAAAAAGGUGAGAGUGUAGAAAAAAAUGAACUAAAUGGAGAAGAAAACUCUAAAGAAACCGAUAUGAAAAAGAAAAAGAAGAAAUUGUUGGCCGACGUAGGUAAGGAUGCAGAAAAAAAUGAAGUGGAUGGUGAAGAAAAGUUUGAAGAAACAGAUAUAAAAAAGGAAAAAAAAUUGUUUAUCAAAGAAGUUAAUGAUGUAGAAAAAAAUGAUUUGAAUGGUGAAGAAAAGUUUGAGGAAACAGAUAUAAAAAAGAAAAAAAAGAAGAAAAAGUUGUUGACUGAAAAUGAGAAACAGGUUGAAGAAAACAACGAAGGCAAUAUUGAAAAAGUUAGAAAAGAUAAGAAAAAAUUGGAAGAUGAAACAAAUGGCGAAUUAAAAAGUGAUGUAAAUAAUGAAAAGAAUACUGAGGAAGAUAAGGAAAAAAAGAAAAAAAAGAAGAGGAAGUAUGACUUAGUUGAAGAUAAUAAUAGUACGCCUCGUUAUGUACGUGUUAAUACCUUGAUAAUGUUCGUCGACGAUGCAAUUCAAGAAUUUAAAAACGAUGGUUGUGAGAAAGAAAAAUCUUUGAUUGAAAAAGCAGAGAAUUUUGUAAAAAAAGAAUUGAAUGAUGAAGAAAAUAAAAAUUGUAAUAAAACUGAAAAAAAUGAACUAAAUGAAGAAAACUCUAAAGAAACUGAUAUGAAAAAGAAAAAGAAGAAAUUGUUGGCCGACGAAGUUAAGGGUGCAGAAAAAAAUGAAGUGGAUGGUGAAGAAAUCUCCGAAAAAACUAACACUAAAAAGAAAAGAAAGAAGAAAGAAUUGUUAAUCAAAGAAGUUAAUGAUGUAGAAAAAAAUGAUUUGAAUGGUGAAGAAAAGUUUGAGGAAACAGAUAUAAAAAAGAAAAAAAAGAAGAAAGUAGAAGAAAACAACGAAGGCAAUAUUGAAAAAGUUAGAAAAGAUAAGAAAAAAUUGGAAGAUGAAACAAAUGGCGAAUUAAAAAGUGAUGUAAAUAAUGAAAAGAAUACUGAGGAAGAUAAGGAAAAAAAGAAAAAAAAGAAGAGGAAGUAUGACUUAGUUGAAGAUAAUAAUAGUACG